CGGAAAUCGGCGAGUUUGAACUACCGUAUAAAGCCGUCGCUGGCAUUCGGCGAACAUCGAGACAGUUUUAUAGCAUGGCCGGGGCUUUGCUGGUGGUCAUCGUUGCUAUGGUGCCAUUGCUACCAGAGGCUGCGACCAAACCCUUGUUCUUCUUUUAUGGCGACUCGGAUGAAGAUCUCCUAACGGACUAUAUUGAAUAUACUGAUGACAGCGUAGAGUAUGGAGACAAAGAUGAAGAGCUCCCAGCUGGACCAGGAGGUGGUGCCAUUAUCAACAAUGGUGUAGUGGUUACGAUAAACGGAAUCCCGUUCAACUGUACCCGAAACGUCUGUGAACCGAGUGUUAACGGUGCUACUAAUGGUGGCCAAGCCAAUGCUUCGGUAACAUCUGCGUCUCAAGAAGUAACACUGCCGAGUGUUUCGGAAGGUAAAAAACCAGAACCGGAAGCUGUAACGGCCAAGGCAACCCCAGGAGAAGGAAAUGAAAAAGUUAGUACCGGAGGAGUUACAACAGGAAAACCUGCAGAAGGAGUUACAACAGAAAAACCACCAGAAGUUACUACCUCUUCCUCAUCGUAAGAAGAGUGUCGUAAUUUUGUUGAUGUAUCAGGAUAAAUUUAAUGAAAUAAAUAAACAACAAUGAUUUCCUGCUCA